AUGGGUGGUUCAGUUGGAUGGGUAUACGUAUACACUUGCUCAGGAUCACUUCCAACAGAUGUAAAUAUCGCUAACAUCACGGGCAUUACUGGAACACAUUUGGACGGCAAAAAUGAUUCGGAAGUUGUUGCUAUUCGAUUUUCCAAUGAUUGGUUGACGGAAGUACCAUCUGGAAUUGACAAUUUUUUCCAGAACAUUCAAUUCUUUAACAUGUUUAGAACUCAACUAACAACUGUUAAUAAUAAUCAACUACAGCAGUUCCACAAUUUAGAAUAUUUAUGGUUACAUAGAAAUCAAAUCGAAACCAUUGAAAUGAACGCAUUCUCUCGCACGCCAUCAUUACGUGUGAUCAAUUUGAAUUCUAAUAGACUUGCGUCAAUUCCAUAUAAUGCCUUUCGACCUUUACAUUUGGAUGUUUUGCGAAUGUUGGAUAAUAAUUGUAUUAACGAAUCAGCAGAGACGCCUCAAAAUAUCAACAGAUUAAUUGUAGUUGCAGAUCUUUUGUGUUCAUCAUUAGGUGGUAUGAUUAAUAAAGUUUGA